CAUGUAUAUAUAUGCAUAUGCAUCAAUCAGCAUCUUCAAUUCUCCAAGCAUUAAUUAGCUAAGAUGCCUUCUUCAAGCAGGGCAGCUCAAGUCCGUAUUCUUAAUCCUGUCACCCGCACAGCUCGUAAUUACAGCUUUCCUGCGGCAGAACUUCCGGGAAGAGGUCCGUUCAUCAGUUCUAGAGCUGAGGCGAUACACAGAGGGCAGUGGGAACUGAUGGAGAUGGUGAAGAACAUGCCUGCUGCCGCUGCUGAUGAUCAGUCGUCGUACUUGGACUUAUCCUUGAAGGAUCUCGUCGAACACCCCACACCCACAGUUGUUGUUGUGGCAGAUCAAUCUCGACAAGAAUCUUUGACCAGCAAAGACUAUACACAGAAAGCUUUAUUGGAUCGCUAUUAUCUGCAGCCGGCAGCUGCUAUGAAUAAGAGUAGCAGCAGCGGGAAGAUGACGCCGUCAAGAAGUCGGAAAGUGGACGAGAGGGGGCUGUUUCUGAAGACGGUGUUUCCCUUUUGCAUGGGAUCAAGAAAGAAAUGCAAUCUUCCGGCAGCGAAUAAGAGAGUUGCCAAGGUUUCUCCUAAGCCGCCGGCUGCCGAGAAACAUGAAAAAUCUACUACUAGUAUUAUUAAAGGUGCUGGGAGUGUGAGUAAAGAUUCGUUCUUGAAAAACAGGAUAUCAUCGGCUUCGAACAAUACAAAUAUCAACGGCCGUAGCAGCAAGACGUGCACCACUCGAUAUACAACUAUACAUACAAGUUUCUUUAAUUCGAUCAUCUUUUAAUAAAAAACAUGUUUUAAAGAGUUUUCUUAAGGUUUUCGAAAUUAAUACCAC